CCGAAAGAGGCGCAAAAGCAAAGGAAGGGCCUGUGUGUCUCAGGCUGCAAGAGGAGGAGCCAGAAGGAUAGCGAAAGAGAGAGUGUUGGGGAUGCAGCAGAAAGGGCGACUGAAUAACCGAAGAUCCAGGAGCUUUUCGAGGUCUCGCAUUGCCGUUGAAGGUUGUUAGCAAAUUUCGCUCUUCUUCACCUUAUUUCGAUCAAAAUUUCGAUCAAACUCAGAUCUGAAAAAAAAAACCAACUGAUAGCCAUGGCUGCUCAAGUCGGGGAAGAACGUGAGAUUCAGAAGAGCUACUGGGUGGAGCACUCUACUGACUUAACUGUGGAAGCUAUGAUGCUCGACUCCAAAGCUUCUGAUCUUGACAAAGAAGAGAGGCCUGAGGUUCUUUCCCUACUUCCACCUUUUAAGGGGAAAAAUGUUUUGGAGCUAGGAGCAGGUAUUGGUCGAUUCACUGGUGAAUUGGCAAAGGAAGCUGGUCAGGUUCUAGCUAUGGACUUCAUUGAAAGUGUCAUAAAAAAGAAUCAAAGUGUCAAUGGACAUUUUAAGAAUGUCAAGUUUAUGUGUGCUGAUGUAACAUCUCCAGACCUGAAAAUUGCUCCAGAUUCUGUGGACUUGAUAUUCUCAAACUGGCUUCUCAUGUAUCUCUCAGACAAAGAGGUUGAAAAUUUAGCUGAAAGAAUGGUCAAAUGGUUGAAGGUUGGUGGGUAUAUUUUCUUUAGAGAAUCAUGUUUUCAUCAAUCUGGAGACAGUAAGCGAAAAAACAACCCAACUCACUACCGUGAACCAAGAUACUAUACAAAGGUUUUUAAAGAAUGCCACAUGGAUGAUGGCCCUGGGAACUCUUUUGAACUCUCUCUUAUUGGCUGCAAGUGCAUUGGAGCUUAUGUAAGAAAUAAAAAGAACCAAAACCAGAUUUGCUGGAUAUGGCAAAAGAUGAACUCACAUGAGGAUAAGGGAUUCCAACGGUUCUUGGAUACUGUCCAGUAUAAAUGUAGUGGCAUAUUGCGUUAUGAACGUGUAUUUGGUGAAGGUUUUGUGAGCACAGGGGGGCUUGAAACAACGAAGGAUUUCAUAGCGAAGCUUAAGCUUAAACCUGGUCAGAAAGUACUUGAUGUGGGUUGUGGCAUUGGGGGAGGUGACUUUUACAUGGCCGAGAACUUUGAUGUUGAUGUUCUUGGCAUUGAUCUCUCAAUAAACAUGGUUUCCUUUGCUCUUGAACGUGCCAUUGGACGUAAAUGUUCAGUCGAAUUUGAGGUUGCUGAUUGCACCAAGAAAACAUUUCCUGAUAACACGUUUGAUGUGAUCUACAGCCGUGAUACCCUUCUCCACAUACAGGACAAGCCUGCUUUAUUCAAAAAAUUUGCCAAGUGGUUGAAGCCAGGAGGUAAAGUUCUUAUCAGUGAUUAUUGCAAGAAAGUUGGAACUCCAUCAACGGAAUUUGCAGAGUAUAUUAAGCAGCGAGGAUAUGAUCUGCAUGAUGUAGAGGCAUAUGGCCAGAUGCUUAAGGAGGCUGGUUUUGAUGAGGUUAUUGCCGAGGAUCGUAAUGCUCAGUUCAUGAAGGUCUUACAGAGGGAACUGAAUGUUGUUGAGAAGGACAGAGAGGCAUUCAUCCAAGACUUUUCUGAGGAAGACUACAAUGAAAUUGUUGAUGGCUGGAAGGCAAAGCUGAUACGGGUUGCAUCUGGUGAGCAGGUGUGGGGAGUGUUCAUUGCCAAGAAGAAGUAAUUUCUUUGUCAGGAAAAUUGGAUAGAUGCAUGUAGUGGUGAAUAAGGUGAUAAUGAAAGAAGUUGGUGUGUGUUCUUGAGUCCUUAGCUUAGGGUCGAACUCCAGUCGAGUGGUUAUUUAAAUAAAUUAUGAUUAGUAGCAGUUUUCAGCAUA